GUAAACAGUAGGCAAUCUCGUUUAUGGAAGCACCACCCUCCAUCGCGGGUUCAUAGUGGAACACUUCUUCCUUCUUCGCGUUGUUAUCGUUUCUUGUCUUAAAAAUUGCUAAUUGACGCAGGCAAAUAUGUGAGAAUAAUAGAACGAAGAAGGAAAGAUCUUUCUACACUCGCUCAUCCAUCAUAGAUACCUUCUUUGUUGUCGCCUGAAAUAUUCCACGUAACGCGAAACUCCGCGUUACAAUGCAGUGAAUUAUCAACUCAGAAAUUAAAAACAAAACUAAAACUUUGCUAUAUGUUCUGAGUAAUCUUUACUGCCGUUUGUAUAUAUACACCCAAGCGUGUAUAUAUAUAUAUAUAUGUAUAUAUAGAUCUAUAUAUAUUUUAUAUGCAUAACGGAACUUAGUCAAAGAAUGGCUUCACCCAGGAUAGACCCAACAAAAAGCUCGAAGACACCUGUGAACUUCGUAUGCCAAAGAUGUCACCAAGCACUCAAGCUCGACUAUUCCUUCAAUGUUAUGGAGCAGAAGUCUUGGAAGGAGUUAACAGCUCCACCAAAAAGCAGCUCUGUAGACACAGAUGGAUCCAUCGGGAUAUUGUCAUCUCAAGAAAGUUUACAGGAUAUGGACUUCACCCCUCAGCCUUACACUGUCCGGCGAUAUAUAGGGCCUCAAGGAGACUUCGACAUGGAAGAUGAGCUCAGCUCAGAUUUCACCUUACUUGGUGAGACAGGGUUAGGUGUGAUGGAGAACCUCAGUUUAAGACUUAAAGCCACAGGAUAUCUUUUUGACAUCAUGUCUGGUCAGUCCGAAGUGGACCACCCCCUCUGUGAGGAAUGUACAGACACACUUCUUGACCAACUUGAUCGUCAACUCUAUUUUACAGAGGAGGAAUGUAAACAAUACAAAGAUUUCCUCUUAAACCUGGACAACGCUGAAGAGAAGGAGGACCUGGAGACUUUAGACAAUGAGCUGAAGCAGCUGGAAAAGGAGGAGAUGUUGUUGAGGGAACAACUGGAGAAGGUGGAGACGGAACGUUCGGAGAUGGCGAAGUUGAUUGAAAAGGAGAAGGAAACUGCUAAACAACUGGAAGUUGAAGAAGAAAAAUACUGGCAAGAGUAUAACCAAUGUAAACGAGAUCUUCAUCAAUUUCAAGAUGAUCAAAGAAGUGUCACCUUACAGCUGCAGUAUGCCCAGAGUCAACUAGAGAAACUGACCAAAAUUAAUGUCUUCAAUGCUACAUUCCAUAUAUGGCACAAUGGUCAGUUUGUGACAAUAAACAACUUCAGGUUAGGUCGUCUUCCAAGUGCUCAGGUUGAUUGGAAUGAAAUAAAUGCUGCCUGGGGCCAGACUGUUCUCCUCCUCCAUGCUUUGGCCAAAAAGAUGAACCUUAAAUUUACAAAAUACCGCCUGGUUCCCUACGGCAACCAUUCUUACUUAGAGUCGUUAACUGAUAAAAGUAAAGAGUUGCCACUUUAUGGUUCUGGUGGAUUCCGGUUUUUCUGGGACACAAAGUUUGAUCAUGCAAUGGUAGCCUUUUUGGACUGCUUACAAGAGUUCAAGAAAGAAGUGGAGAAAGGUGAUUCCAACUUCUGUCUGCCAUACAAAAUGGAGAAAGGACGUAUAGAAGAUGCAAACACAGAUACCUCCUAUUCUAUAAAAAUCCAGUUCAAUUCCGAAGAACAAUGGACAAAAGCUCUGAAAUAUAUGAUGACUAAUUUACGCUGGGGUUUAGCCUGGGUAUCAUCCCAGUUCCCCAAUAAAUGAUCUCCAAUCCUUUUCCUGACCCCGUUUCUGAUGAUAUACACUUCCUCCUGUGUAUUUCAGUUGUUGAAAAUAAGGAAGAUUUGGAGGGAUUUAGCAUGAAAAUGUAACUAACUCUGUCAUUACGAAGAACCCUUUUGAUACCAAACCCCCCUAGACCACUCCUGAUUCAAUGUUAUAGAAUCUGGGUUUUAAAGUGAACGAAAUUAAAACUUUCCAUUAAAAUUUCAUUUUUAUAUUAUAUUCCAAAGACCAGCUGAAUAACGAUGGAGUUAUUUUACUAUGUUCCUUAUUAUUUUUUAAAUUAAUCAAAAGAAAAACUGUGAUUCUAACUAAUAUGGUAACAAAAGGGUUAAAACUGUGUUUGGAGCAUAAUUUUACAAAAUGUUCUUAAAUACAAUUAAAAAGGAAUGCUAUAAUUUAAUUAAACGGUGGGUUUCGUAUGGUAGAACCAAAGGCUGUAUCAAGCUAGUGUUGGUAUCAAAUAAAGGUUAACCCUUUAGCAUCUAAAUUGAUCAUAUCCAGCCA